CCCCUGUCACGUCUGCCAGGGACGCCCGAGCCUGGAGCGGCCCUUAGGCUGCGGGGCCAGCAGCAGCUGACGGUGCAGAACGUGUCCGGCAACAACGUGACCAUCAGCGGGCUGAGCCCCACGCAGAUCCAGCUGCAGAUGGAGCAGGCGUUAUCCGGGGACAGCAUCCAGCCCGGAGAGAAGAGGAGGAGGAUGGCCUGCACCUGUCCCAACUGCAAGGACGGCGACAAGCGGCCGGGCGAUGCCGGGAAGAAGAAGCACAUCUGCCACAUCCCCGAGUGCGGGCGGACGUUCCGCAAGACGUCUCUGCUGCGGGCGCACGUGCGGCUGCACACGGGCGAGCGGCCCUUCGUGUGCAACUGGGUGUUCUGCGGCAAGCGCUUCACGCGCUCCGACGAGCUGCAGCGGCACGCGCGCACGCACACAG